CCGUUUUUGAUGGUUGAAAAUCAAGCUUCAAGCUGUUUAGCUUCUAGUCGAUGCAUCCUCAAUUUCACUCGUAGUCUGUUGUAUUCAGAAAGUCGUAUAUCAGAAGUAAACUUCUCCAAAACUUCAACUUGUUUGUAAAUAUAUAUUAUUGCUUGCUUUUUGACUGUCGUGCAAUGGGGCAUCGUAAAUAGGUUCCAUGGCAUUCGUCAAAGCUGAUGAGGGUAUUGGAAUCCUGAGAAGCUAAAAAUAGCUAAGGAUUUAUAUUACUUUUUCUUUGUACUCGUAUAUACUUGAAACAAAAAAUCGUUAAAGAAAAAAGUCAACGUUACAAAAAUGUUCGAACACGAUUGCGAUACAGACGAGGACUGUGAAGUGUACUUCCUUAAACCAGUAAACGAAUACAACAUUGUGGAUAAGAUCAAAGAAGCCAACAAGGAGCUCUUCGAUGAUGGAGAGGAUUCCAUUGAUACACCAGACGAACAAAGGAGAAAAGUUAAAUUCCACCCGAACCUCGAGCAGUAUGAAGGUGAACCAAGUGCUGGAGAAGACGAUGCAGCAGGAGAAGAGCACGAUUUAAAAUGUCCUAGUAUGGCGACUCUAAAUGAGGAGGAGGAUGACGUUGGGAGUGUUUCGAACAAUGAAGAAGAUACAAGUCCAAGAACUAUAACGACCAUGGAAGAAUGUGCCGAAAUGCUGGCACUUGAAGUCCAGAAAAAAAUUGAAGCUAUUGAAAUCAAAAUGGCGGAAUCUGAAAAUGACCACGACGAUGACGAAGAAGAAGAAGAUGUUGAUGAAAUAAGUGAAGAAAUCGUGGUUAUGGACAUGGAAACUGGGAAAAAAUUGGAAGAAGACACCAAAGAGAUAAACUCUAUCAAAGAAAACGUACGAUCUGAGCUCAUCAAACAGAUGUCGAUGUCAAAAGACGUGGAUUCCGAUGACGAGGUCCCCGACGAACAGGAGGAGGGAGAUGACAAUCUUUCAAUUAUAGUCGCAUCAUAUCUUCCUUCAGAUGCCCAACAAGCGGCAUUAGAUGAAUCCGACAAUUCAUCGAUACCAAAAACGCAUUCUUUCAAAAGGAAUUUCUCAUUUCGUCGCAAGAAUUCAGGAAGACGAAACAAAUGUCAUUCACCAGACAUAACAAACUUAAAACUCAAUUACAAAACUUGCUGUGAGUACCGGAAUUCCGAUUGUGCUAAGCUGCCCAAGUACACCGGGUACAUGUCUGAAUAUGGACUUAGUCGAGAUCAAUUGGAGAAACGUGAACAAUCUUUGCAAAGCAAGCACAAGGUCAUAGUGGAGAAGAAUCUUAAAGCAACCGAAGCUGAUGUCCAAAAGAUGCAAGACAAUGAGAGGGCUUUUACAACUUGGCUUAAGAACAAAAUGAGGUUUCCAAUAAAUCGGACAAAGAAUAUGUUCGAUGUGAAAAAGACGAAUAAUAUGAAUAGUGGCAACAAUAGAGGAGGAGUUUUUAGACCAAAAUUAUGUGGCAGUAACAAAAAUGGUGGAGUUUUGUAAAAAAAAAGUUGACGAAAGUGAAUUUGAAUAUGGUAAUUUGAUCUUGCAUAUUUUAAAGAAUGAAUAAAUAAAACAUGGAAAUAUUGAGUAAAUGUUUGAUAUUUCAAUGUUGGAAGUUUUUCAAAAACACUGGCGUCACUAACACUUAUCGAAACAAA